AUGAAAUUAUACACACUAGUAAUAUUCAUACUUGUGAACAGCUUUUUAGAUGUACCCCUCUUAUGCUAUAAAACAAACAAAAAUUUCCAAUUGACGACAUAUACAAUUAACAGAUUUGAAAAAAAAAAGAAAAAAAAAAAAGUUAACGAAAGACAUGUCCUUUGUGCAUCUUUACCUAAUGAACAUCUAAAACAGUUAAAAUAUGUACGGCAAGUAACAAGUGCCAGUAUACAAAUUUGUAACAAUGCACUUAGAGAAUGUAAUAAUGAUACAGAAAAAGCAAUUGAACUUAUAAGGAAAAACACAAAAAAUGCUUCAUUUGUUUCAUCCAAUGUUAAGGUAAAAACAGAGGGAUUAAUUUCUUCACAAAUUUUAGGAGACAAAAUUGUUCUCUUGGAAGUUUUAACUGAUUCAGAUUUCGUUGCAAAAAAUGAAAAGUACAUCCGUUUUGUUAGUACUCUCCUUCGGGUUGCUUUGACCCAUGAGAAGUUUUCACACGCGGAAGAAGUGGAAGGACCGGUUUCGAAUCCCUCCUGUGUGGUAGAAGAAUCGCUACUGGAUCUUCCAUAUGAGGAAGAGAGUGGCGAUACUUCUAAAACAACAGUUAGAGAAGAACUAAACUAUUUGAGAAAUAUAUUUCGAGAAGAUAUACGGAUAGGAAGAUAUAGAAAAUAUGUACGGAAGAAUGAAAACGAGUUUUUACAUUAUUAUAUACAUAAUAAAAUAGGGGAAAAUGUGGGAUUGUCUGGUGUUCUUUUAGUUCUGAAUAUUGAGGAGUUAAAUAAAAAUUUGAAAAAUAACAAGGAAUAUAUUUAUGAAAUUGCGAAUGAUGUGGCUCUUCACAUAUUAUCAGCUAAACCAGUGAGUGUUUCUAUUUCUGAUCUCCCUGAGAAAAUUGUUAAACAAGAAAUGGACAUCAUUAAGGAAUCACUACACACUUUAAAGAAGCCAGAAAAUAUAAUAACCAACAUGGUGAAUGGAAAGUUGCGAAAAUUUUACAAUUCUGUGGUUCUCCUCGAACAGGAAUACAUGCUGGACGAUACCAAACGGAAGGUUUCCCAAGUCAUUCAAGAUUUCUCAAAAAAGCAUAGCAUGAAUAUAAGUGUCAAGUAUUUUGAUAUGUUCAUUAUUGGGGAAAAGAACAUAUUACGAGAGUGA